UGGAGAGUUGUGAUUGAGAAAAUGCCGAUCCCAGACAGGCGAACUGAGGAAGCUGGAUAAGAGGACAGCUUUUAUUUUCAUCGCUCCCAGUCAUACUUGGGGACACAGUCAAAUUUACUUGGAUUAUUUUUUAAAGACUCAUCUUGUCUUGUGGACAAAGGAGCUGACAAUGCGUCUUGGAAAAGAUCAACGAAGUUAGCUAGCUACGUGCUAGUAACCAAUCUGACCGCAAAUUAUUCAUGGAGUGAGGAGCAACGUUGGAGAAUCAUGAGCACAGGUGUGAAGAAGCCACCGGUGGCCCCAAAACCAAAGCUUGGUCAGCCUCAGAAGGCAUUGCCUCCGCCAGUCGCCCCAAAACCAGACAUCAUCCUUUCCCACCAUUCUCUGACAGCACUGAAAAAGGCCAAACCAGUUGUUGCCCCCAAGCCUUGCCUUCCGAAAUCCACCUCUGCUCCUGAAUCCACAUCUGUCACUCUUAACAGUGCACCCCAAAUGUAUACACAGGAGAGGAGUAGUAGCUUGGAAAAUCUGGGCCUGCUCAACUCUAGAAAUGGAAUGUGCACAGAGCUCAGCAAAUCAGACAGCAAUUACAUCAUAUCAACCUGUACCUGCAGCCAGGACAGCUGUCCACAGUGUGAGCACACAAGGAACUGUAAAACGACUGAAAUUGUGCUCGAGCCACUGGGGGAAUGUCUGGAAACGUGUCAGAACAGCAGGACAGAGGGGUCCAGGUUGCAAAUCUCUCCUGUUCCAACAAUUCAAACUAAAGCAGGAAGUGACUCUAAUGAAAUGGGGAGUGAGAAGGGUCAGGUGAUCAACUGCAACUUUCUGGAGCAAAAGCUCAAAGAUGUUUGGGCCCAGGCCAUGUCUACUAAUAAGUACCACCUAAAUCACAGACCACAAGAGAACCCCUCUUUGCAGAAUGGCAAGGCAGAGAUGCUGGGUCAGAACUUGAACCCAGUUGGAGAUAUUGAAAGCUCUGGCAGGAAGCAGUCACUUCCGGAAAGAUCACAGAGUGAUGAGGCAAAUGGUAACAUCUCUCUGGCCAGUAUCGAUCAACCUCUGGACGACCCUGGAGUUACUAGCAGCUGUACCAGCUCCACAGAAAGUAGCAGAGAGUGCAGAAAAUCUGGGGGAUUAGAUUAUGAGGGCCAGGUACCUGCUGCUCCCAGGAAGCCCCUCCCAAUUCCCACCCCACGGAAGUCUAAGAAAGCAGUUCUUGUGAGGCAGGAUGGCGUGGAGGAAGUGACGCGAGAGGAAGCCUCUGAAACAGCUGAGGAAGAGACUGGGAGGUUAUCACUUGUGAAGAGCAGUCUGUUUCUCUCUUCCAAAGUGUUUGUCCACACACAGAGUGUCUCAUACUCUAGGAACUCUGCGACUGACCAGGAAGUUUUCCCAUCCUCCCAGAAUCUAGAGGAUGCUGAAGAUGAGUUAAGACCACCAAUGCCUCCUCCACGGCAGACAUCUCUAAUACCUGACCUUGGCCGGACACCUGUCACAACUACUGACAAGCUUCCACAGGAGGUGAAGAGUGAAGAGAUCAGAUUUGAUAUGCGUGCUAUUUCUGAAAUGGAAAACUCUUUAGUGGAAGAGGAGGAUGAGGAGGGAGGCUAUGGCAACUUUGCCCGUUACCCUGUCACAAGAAGUCUGCCCAAACGGAUCAAGCUCAGCUGCAACCCUCAGCUCACUGUGGCUGCCAAAGCAGCCUCAUCAGAGGAGAGGUCACCGAAGGUGGCCCCAAAAAAGCCACAGAGGCACAGCUUGCCAGUUUCAGGGCUCCUGAAGAAGGAGCUUUCUGAGGAGAAUAGAGGUUGCAAGAGGGACCUACUGUUGGCUCAGGUGGAGGAAUGUCAGCCUGCAGAGGACGAUGGCAAUACCUUGAAUGAGAACAAUGAGUCAAUGAAGGAGCUCCCAGCAACCCCGGUGGAAAAACCAUCAUGGAGGUUUCCUCGCGCUAUUGUGCCAUUCUGUGGAAAGCAAGCAUCUAGACAUGGCAGUACCGGUGAUACCCACAGCAAACCACCUGGGUCGAAGCCAGGAAAGCAGAGGGCUAAAUCCCUUUCCACAGUCGACUUGGAGCAGGCGGAUGGCCAGAAGAGGAACUCCUUCCGGAAGCUUCUGGAGCUCAAGCUCUCCAUGAAAAUGCUACCCAGGCUGCUGGCCAAAGGCAGCCAAUCUCUGGACUGCACCUCCGUGGAACCAGAACCAUAUCUAGAUGGGCAUUGGACCAGAGCGGAUCCGAACAGUGCUGCUGUCCAAAACCAACAGGGACCAGUACCCAACAGGCAGAAUAAGUUUCCCGUCAGCACCCCACCUGAUAAAGGUGUACCAUCACCACUGAUUGGCUCCGAUCAGAGCGCAGAUGGGGGGGAGGUCUUUACAGGAGUGGAAUCUACUGCAGAAUAUGAGAAUGUUCCACUCUAUGAGGAAAUACCAGAGUACAUGAAUCUGCCUUUCCUAAAUGCCACAGGGGUGAUGCCCCACCAUUCAGCCUAUCUGGGCUGGCAGAACUCCUCCAGCGUGGAGGACGGGGAUGGGGGUGUCUACGAGGAGCAGCAGCCUUAUGAGGCUCAUGGGAAAUACAUCCCCUGUGAACAGCAGCGAGGGGUACACAAGAGUGCCUUGCUGGAGGAGGAUGCUGGCCUGGAUGAUGGACACUCCGGGGACGAGGAAGUGGCGGGCAGCUCUGACGAGGACGGAGAUGACAGCUCCGCCUCCAGCAAGGGAUACAGGGAACCUUCCGGGGACAGGCAGCAAGAUGCGGGGGUCAAGAAGACCAAGGUGGCCCACAUCGCCGCUGAGAUUGUGAGCUCGGAGAAAGUAUUUGUGGAUGUUCUCAAGAUGCUUCAUAUCGAUUUCCGGGACGCAGUGGCCAAGGCGUCCCGGCAGAGUGGGAAGCCCGUAAUCGAGGAGCGUGUCCUGAACCAGAUCCUGUACUACCUGCCCCAGCUGUAUGAGCUGAACCGGGACCUGCUGAGGGAGCUGGAGGAGAGGGUGGCCCACUGGAACGACCACCAGCGCCUGGCGGACAUCUUUGUGAAGAAGGGGCCAUACCUGAAGAUGUACUCCACCUACAUCCGCGAGUUCGACAGGAACGUGGCCCUGCUGGAUGAGCAGUGCCGGAAGAACUCGGGGUUCGCCGGAGUUGUGCGGCAGUUCGAGAUGAGUCCUCGCUGUGCCAGUCUGGCUCUAAAGCACUACCUGCUGAAACCUGUUCAGAGGAUCCCCCAGUACCAGCUCCUCCUCACAGAUUAUUUGAAGAAUCUUACUGAAGACUCAUCUGACUAUAAAGACACUCAAGCUGCCCUCAGUAUAGUGAAGGAGGUGGCCAACCAUGCCAACGACAUCAUGAAACAAGGGGAUAACUUCCAGAAGCUGAUGCAGGUGCAGUACAGUCUGAGCGGCUAUCACGAGAUCGUCCAGCCAGGCCGGGUGUUCCUGAAGGAGGGCACUCUGAUGAAACUGUCCCGAAAGGUCAUGCAGCCCAGGAUGUUCUUCCUGUUCAAUGACAUCCUGCUGUACACCACCCCCGUGCAGUCUGGUCAGUACAAACUCAACAGCAUGCUGUCCCUGGCAGGGAUGAAGGUGAGCAAACCCAGCCAGGAGGCCUAUCAAAACGAGCUGAACAUUGAGAGUGUGGAGCGCUCCUUCAUUCUGUCAGCCAGUUCAGCAACAGAGCGAGACGAAUGGCUGGAAGCCAUCAGCAAAGCUAUAGAUGACUAUACCAGGAAGAAGAUCACCUUCUUCUGCAGCAAGAGCCAGGAGGAGGCGGGAGGGGCCGGUGAGGACAGCGGCGCCCCCCUGGGCUCCAAGGCGCCCAUUUGGAUCCCUGACCUGCGGACCACCAUGUGCAUGAUCUGCACCUGCGAGUUCACCCUAACCUGGAGGAGACACCACUGCCGUGCUUGUGGGAAGGUGGUGUGCCAGUCCUGCUCCUCGCACAAGCAUUACCUGGAGUACCUAAAGAACCGGCCGGCCCGCGUGUGUGACUUCUGCUUCCUAAAGCUGCAGAGGAAGAGUGACCAGGCUGAGUCCCCCACCCCUUCCCCCAGUGCCAGGUCUCCCUCCGGGGCCUUCUCCUCCGUCCUCGGCUCCUCCAGAAAGCAGAAGAAGAUCCCAGCAGCGCUCAAAGAGGUGUCUGCUAAUACAGAGAAUUCCUCCAUGAGUGGCUACCUGCAAAGGUCAAAGGGGAACAAGAAGCAGUGGAAGAGGCUCUGGUUCGUCAUCAAAAACAAAGUACUGUACACGUACGCUGCCAGCGAGGAUGUAGCAGCAUUGGAGAGCCAGCCCCUGCUGGGCUUCUUCUUGCGGGAGGAGCGCUCCGAAGAUGCGCAGAAAGUGCAGUUCAAGCUCUACCACAAAAACACGCUGUUCUACGUCUUCAAGGCCGAUGACUCCCAGACUGCUCAGAGAUGGAUUGAUGCUUUCCAGGAAGCCAUGGUCCUCUAACUGCUCCACCCCUAUACUGACAAACUCGGCCACUGCCAUGCAACGGGUUUCUUUCAGUAGCAACACUGUAGGCUGCCUCUCUCCCCUCUGUGAUGCUAAAGUGUGCAGCAGUUUGCCACACCUAGUGGCCAGACCUUCGAGGAUCCUUUCCUGUGCUACCAUAGAUUGAUCAUUCUGGGUGUAGACUAAAGUCCUCCAGAUCUGCAGGAAAGCCAUGGUGUUAGGUUAGCAAACCCACUUAUUCUGUGCCUUGAGACCCAGCAGCACACUGGUUUGCUCUCCACAAGAGGAGACUGUGUGUAUCGGUGCUAUAGUUUGUGUUCAUUUAUGUACAGUGUACUUUUAAACAGCAGCAACAAAUUGUCUAGUUGUAUUCCAUCACUGUUUUGAUUCAUCCCUUGAGGCCUUUAUAUCAGACGUUUCUGCUACAAAGGGAUUUUUGUCAAGAUGUAAUGGUCACGUGUUAUGGGUAUGGGUCAAAGGUCAAGUCCAGAGCAU